UCAAACUCAAAUCAAAUCUGCCAUCAGUGCCAUCUGCCCCAUGUGCUUCGAUUUGUAUGUUUUCUACGCCAAUAUCAAUUAACAAUUGAAUAAUUGUUACGUUUUGAAAGGGAACAAUCCACACCCUGGACUUUUUACCAUCUAAUAACGUCGACCUUUUUGUCAGUUAGGCCUAGCUUUAUUAAGUGAAUUCAUGACCCGAUGGCAAAUGGAAUCUGGGUCUGGAAACUAGGCCUAUCUCGCUUAGAUUCGAUUCGAAUCAGAUUACCUACGGAAUUGAAGCCGAGCACUUCGGCUACUCGCUGUUUCUCUCGGCAUUUUAAUUGAAGAAAUUUUGGCAGUUUUUGUUGGUUUACUUCAUCAAAAUGGAUCAAGGUGGAUCCAGUAACAUUACUGACACAGUAUGUCACUCAUCUGCUAUUUUGGGAAGAGUUGGUAGACAUAUCGAAGUUCUUAACGAGGAAGAAACAUUUAAACUUUGCACUUUUCACGAUAUUCUUGAUGAAAGAACUUUGACAAAACUGAAGGACGAAAUAAAACAUGUAAACUUGGAAUUGAAUGCCAGUGAUAUGAUGCACCUGCACCAAUCUGCAGAUUUAAGCCAAAUAGACCAACUAGACGAUUUGCCAUAUUUAAAAAAAGUCAUCACCAACCUAAAAACGAAUAUAAGAAAACAAGUGGAAGAAAUAUUUCAUGUGGAAACAAGUGAAGAAAUCACAGCAACUAUCAGUAGCUAUAAAAAGGGAGAUUUCCUCCUCUGCCAUGAUGACAAAUCGGGGACAAGGGCCGUUGCUUUCAUUCUCUAUUUAAGUGAUCUAUUGGAAGAAGAAGAUGGAGGAGAACUCCGGUUUUUUAGCACAUAUCCUGGUGAUCGUGAUCCUAAACAAGAUAGAUAUUUUAAGAAAGUCAAACCUGCCGAGAACACACUUCUGAUGUUUAACGUCUCCGACUUUUCGUUUCAUGAGGUAGAACAGGUGUACGUCGACAAGGAAAGACUGUCUAUAAAUGGAUGGUACCAUUUACCAAGUCCAUUAGAUGAGAGCCUUACAUGUGUAAAAAUUAACCAAAAAAGCAAGGUCUUGCAAUUGGAAAUGGCAAUAAAACCGAUUUUGAAACAAGAGAAAAUCAUUUCAAGAAUGCUCCUGUCAGACAUGUUUUUAGACUCAGUCGCUGCUGCUUUCCAAGAAAGUGAUGAGGCAGGGAUAAUAAUUCCCAAUGUUUUGGACACGGAAUUUUACAGAACAUGCGUCAAUGAAUUUGAAAGCAUUGAGGAUAUGUAUUGGAAUGACGUGGGACCCGCAAACUAUAGAAACUACUCUACAACGGAAUUUGAAAUUGAAGGACCCCAUCUUUUCUUUGGAGAAAGUCUUUUUUACAUUGGGAACAUAGUCGACUAUCUGCUUAGUAAUGAUUUCCUGAACAUCCUGACUAGAAUAACUGGAGCUACUUAUGCAGUGUUUGGACCAUAUGUUCCACCAUCUGCAAUGGUUGAGGUGCAGAGGUGGAAGCAAGGGAAUUAUACCCUUCUAUGUGACAAUGAUAUAGAAAGAGAUCAAACUUCUAUUGAAGUGACAGUUGUCUUUCAUCUGAAGAAGGACCUUAUCAAUUCCUAUGAAGAAAACGGACUGGUUACACGGACAAGAAAAUACCCAAAACUUACAGACAGUGAAAAGAACUCAAAGAUUCGCACUAAGAUUCAGAGGAUGCUGGCUGACCACGAAUGGAAGAGUAAUCGUUACCCACCAAGGAAGAGAGUUAAAUUCGAGAAAUUGACGAAGAAAUUAGCUGCCAUAGCCUCUGAAAAGCUACGGAAGAUAAAUGAGCACCGAUCAAAAAUGCAAGAUAUUGUCUCACAGUUUAUUGUGGAGGACAACCAAAUGUUGAUAACGGCUGGGAAGAAUGACUUAGCAAAAUUCUACCCGUACAUCAGGAAGCCCAACAAAACAUCAGAGGAAAUCUGUUUCUACGCAGUUAGCGUAACCUAUUUCUUGGCUGAAUAAUUUGUAACAAACAGUCAAAAUCAAUGAGUGAUACCAUAGACAACACAAGUAAGAUCUGAAGCUUGUUUUACAUAAGUCUAGUUCGUGUUGGUGACACUGGGCACUAGUGUUAAUAACAUUUUGGUUCUAAUAUAUUACGACUUAUUUUAUAAUUUGUGAUUUAUUUCUGGUUAUAUCGCCAGGGAUAUUUGUUACGAGUAGAUUGUUUUAUUUAUGUUUAAAUACUAACUUUCAGACCAAUAAUUAGAUAGCAUCAUUGUUGUGAUGGCAUUAUAAACAAAUGUGAUGUUUUUACAAUUAUUAGCCUUUAAUAAUAUUUUAUUGUAAAAAGAGAUAUGAAGGUGAGUUAUAUUUGUGAUGUGGAAAGCGAAUAGGGACCUCUUGUCGGGAAUUUUCGAUUUUGAGUUAUAUAUAUAUUUGAACUCCUUAUUAAAUUCUAAAUUACUUGGUGCACGUCUCAUACAUCUACGAUUUUUUUUUUUAGUUAUAGGACUUUGAAAUUUCGUUAUGGAAAAGGGUCAUUUUGAGAAAAACCGUUUUGAAAAUUACAAAUACGUAUAAAAAUAGUUUUUUUCUUUUUUAAGAAACAAUUUUGAUAUCAAAAUAAAGCUUACAAUGUCCUCUUUGGAGGCUAUACCAAUUUUUGUCUUAACUCACUGUAGUUUCCAUUUAAAUAAUUGUUUUAUCAAAGCAUGUCAUAAAAAUCACCCUUCAGAAAAGGAACCUCUUGUCGGCCCUAUGUUAUUUCUCCAUAUCUUACCUCAUAAAGGUACCUCUUGUCGGGACCAAAAAUUUGUGAGAUAUUUGUUCUCCGUAAACUGAAUUUGUAGAUCUAUAAAUUUCCACUAGAAUGCAGGACAAUUAAUCUUUUGGGCUAAAGUCUGUUUAUAAAGUGAAAGAUAAGAGGUCCCAUUUCUCAGACCGUGCAGAGGCUAACAAAAUGAUUUAUUUCGACCUUUUACAUCUUCAAUUCGAUAUUUUAACCGAUACUGUCCUGUUCUAUGUUGAGGUAUAACAAUCAAUAAAACACCAAAUUUCGAUAUUUUCAACCUUAAUUACUUAUAUCGGCCGUACUGAAAAUUUUGCAUCGCCGACAAGAGGUCCCUUUUCGCUUUCCACAUCACAUCUAAUGAAGUUCCUACUUCUGAUAUGCUUUGCAAAGUGUAUGUGCAAACUAGCAAAAUCAGUAUUUAAUAUUAUUGUUUUUGUUAAUACCAUCGUUCAUAUAAACCAGUAUACAAACAACUGUUUGCAAAUUAAAUAGAGCUUUGGUAAAAAACGUAAAUAGCUUAUACAAAAUACAUGACCUUUUGUGGUAAAAAAUGGGUUUAGGCCAGUAUUUUUAGGAUUCUGUGAUGGACAGGUUAACAGUAGGCUUAUCUUACCUUACAGACAAAAAUAUUUGAAAACGCUCAAAUAAACAUAUAAACACAACAAAACUUAUUAAAUACUUUGGUUAAGAAAACAGAAUAAAAUAUAAAAUACAAAUCAAAUUGUUCACAAAUGACAUGACUAAAUGAAACAGAGUGGUAUACAAACCAUAGACGUUUCGUAACAUUUAACUGGCUGCAUAGCGUAACAUGAUCCUGGCUACCAAAACGGCUGGUCUUAGCCUUUUACUAAAGCUACAUAGAUCACCUCACUAUAUUCCAGUGAUGGUUGAAACCAUAAAUUUUGAAUCUCAAAACCGAAACGGAAAUUUAAAAAUUCAAAUCUCAAAUCCCAAAACUGAUACGAAAACUUUUUUAUUUGCUCAGUCAAGGCUACAAAAAAAUUAAGGUGAUAAUAAAAUGUUUAUUAUCCAAUCAAAACUGAAAGAAAUUGGACCCAGACCCUGACAUACUAAUUGUUUGAAUAUGUGGCUUGUAAAAUAAACCUUAGAAUCAUAUAUUCACAAACACUAAAAUAAAUUAAACCUCUUAAACUUACAUAAAUAUAAAUAUUAGAUCUAGAUCUAUUAAAAACAUUCAGUGGUCAAUAUUUAUUUGGUUUAGUUAAUACCGAUGAGAAACUGUAUGGUAAGUAAGCUGUUCCUGUAUUAAUAUUUAUGAUACCUAUUGCAGUUUAUACUCUAUAUUACUUGUUACAUCAGUGUUACUGAUGAUUUGUUUGCUCCUUUUGCAGCCAGCUUGAGUGUAAGAGAAAAAAAUGAUGCCAAAAAAUUUCAGCAAUUUCAAAAUUAGAAUUUCCAAAAUCUUUUAUUUAGAAUAUUUUGAAUCUUAAAACUUGAAACCGAAACUUUUCCAAAGUUUUUAUGGUUUUGAGAUUCAGUUUUGACACAUCACCACUCUAUUUUACACUCAUCCUUUUCUCAUAUUUGUUUAAAUACGCACUUAGGUGGCAUCCCACCUCAAUUAAUCGAUAAUUUAGAAUAUGAUUUAUAAUAUUUCAGCAGUUACAACAAACCAAACAUUGAUAGAUUUGCAAAACUUAUGAAUUUCUUAUUUCUUCUUUAAUCAUUGUAUUGUAAGUAUUUUUGUAAUUUAUGAUACCACCAGUGCCUUAAGGCAGUUAUAUUAAAAGAUUUAAAAGACUGUUAGGGUUUAAUGAUUACACUAGUUAGUUAAUAAUAGUUCACAAGUGCCAAAAUAAUUUUUUACCGUGCCACCAUUGGUAAAAAAUCAAAUAGAAAAAUGAUGCUCAAAUUUGUUUACUGAACAUCUUAUAUUCAUUGAUGUUAGAUUUUAAAACUAUUAGUUCUUAAAAAAUGUGUCUACAUCAAACCACAAGAAUAACUGUUUCAAGAAAAAAACUGUUAAGUAGCUAUACAGUAAAACCUCACUAACUCAACAGUCAACGGCUGACGGAGUGCACGCAAAACAUUUGAACAUUUAGUCUGAAUUGUUGAAUAUUCAACAUUUUUUAAAAAGAUUUUUUACUCAAAUAUGUAAAAAUACAUGUAAGUACAGUAGUAUGUUUAUAUGUAAAAAUUAGUCUGUUAUGUGUUAAUUAUAUUAAAACCCAUCAAAAAUUUCAAUGUUCUGGACUGGAUAACUAGACAACCCCCAAACUCGACCAUCUCUGGGUCCACAUAUCUUUGAGUUAAAGAGGUUUUUCUGUAUGUUAAAAUUAUUUCUUUGUUACAUCAAAUAACUGUUUUGAAGUAUGUGGCCCGGUUUAAGUUUCUACCCUGUCCACCUAUAUUAUUAUUUAGAAGAUAGUUUUUGUGUUAAAAUUAAGCAAAAAAAUUGUUUAUGUUUUGUUUUAUUGUUAUAAAGAGUAUGUUUUAGUCACUUGUUUUACUGUUAGUUAAUGACAGUAUGCUGUAAGUUCCAUAGCUAUGCUACAGUUACCUAUUGUUAUUUUUUUAACUCCAAUAAACUAAGUGUUCA